UGCUUUGGCCUUGAGGGACUGUCAUGCACCUGAGAGCAUAUAUAAGAGAGUAGACCUCAUUCAGAAAAACAGAGAAACAGAAGCAGCCAAUCACUGGCUACUAAGAAACUUAUCAGGAAAAAUCGUAAGUGAAGGGACAGGACUAAGGAGUGUGCCGCAGUAAGUCUCAGGUCUUAAGGUGGGCAUUGAAAGUAGACCUUGUGAUAAAAGGCUGAAGAUGCAGUGUCUCUCUUGGCUAGUGGCUGCAGUCAUCCUAUGUACAUGCGGAUCAGGAGUAGAUGGGCAGUGCUGGGAUAUUACAGAUUGCUUGGGUCUUGGCUCUCAAGAGAAAAUAAUGGAGUGUGUCUGGAAGUGCAGGUCUAAGCAGCUAGUCACUGAUGCUGAGAGUGUCCAGCUAAGCCAACAUCAGAGCGACGAAGAAGACAAAGAGGAAGAACGUUUAAGCCUGGGCACGCUGCUGUCAGCUUUGUCUCCCAACGAUGCCACUCUCGUCCCAGGGACGAGUACACGGCUCCUCCGCAGUGACGAGCAGCGCCCCUACAUCAUGGAGCACUUCCGCUGGGGCAAACCCACGGGCCGCAAGCGCUGGCCCAUCAGGGUCCACAAUGGAGGUUCCCUGGAGGAGGGCCAGCCUGAGGAGCAGUCCCUGGAGGCAGUCUUACCUCAGCAGAGCCGCCGUCAGCUAGGGAGCCUCGACGAGCACAGCCAGGAGCAAAAGAAGAACACAAAAAGCACCAACAAGUAUCGCAUGACCCACUUUCGCUGGAGCGCACCCCCUGCAGCCAAGCGUUAUGGAGGGUUCAUGAAUGUCUGGUCAGAGCAAUCCCAUAAGCCCCUGCUCACUUUGUUCCGCAACGUCAUGGUUAAGGAUGGACAAUGAGGAGGUUAAGAGCAGGGUAAACAGGGCUGCAAUGGAAUCAGGCUUCAGAGAAUAUUGAUGUUUUAUGGAGUCGUAAUGUUUCAAAGCUUUCCCCAUAUCUACACACUCUAUGGCCUUGGGCUAAGCUCACCAGGAUUCCAUAAAAUAUCAAUGUGACCUGAGUCAAAACAGAAAGAAAAUCUCUAAACUUGACUUGUUGGUUUGCAAGCCAGUUAUCAAUCUUCUUCCAUCUUACAGUGCAAAAUUAACAAUAAAAAACAAGUGAGAUGAGAAAA